AUGAAUCACAUUACAAUAAACAACUUGCUAAAUCGGCAACAAUACGCUUACCAGCCUAGUAGAUCUACCGUGGACGCGGCGCGUGACGUUGUGGCGCGGGUGACGGCGCACCUCGAGGGCGGGCGGCAGGUCGCCGCCGUCUUCUGCGACGUGUCGCGCGCCUUCGAAAUGAUUGAUCACGCGCUGCUUCUCGCCAAACUAUCUUCCUAUGGGUUUUCAGGCUGCUUCCAUGAUAUCAUAGCGUCGUUCCUGAGUGACCGCAAACAGAGCACCUACGUUCUCGGUUCCAAAUCUGACCUCGAUCCAAUAGGAAGCUGUGCGGUCCCUCAAGGCUCCAUAAUGGGAAACAACCUUUUUCUCCUCCUGGUGAACGAUAUUUCAACAGUUUGUGAUAUCCCGGAAUACGUAAUGUUUGUCGACGACACUUGUCUUAUAGUAAACGCAGAAGAUGUAGACUCUCUAAAACUAAAGUUAUGUCAAGUGAUGCACUAA